UUGGAUAUUUGCAUGGAAUUUGACAAGUAUUCGGCUGGUGUUUGUGUUUAAUUAAGCUGCAGUUGAAACGUUGUGUGAGCAAGUAUCGAGUAUUGGAACUAGCUCAUAUCAUACACCAGCUACAUAUUUGUUUCACGUGCUCAUCCCUAAUUCUAUAACAAAGUAAACAAAUAAGCUGCUUGAUAUGGUUUGUGAUCGUUGUGAAGAGAAGUUAUCUAAAAUUGCUACACCAGAUCCUUGGAAAACAGGGUCUGGAAAAAGGAAAAUAAAUGAAAACAAAGCUUUGUCGACGGCAAGAGAUAGACAUAAUCCAAUUGCUAAAAGUUUAGCACCAUGUAGGAUUUGCCGGCAAAAGGUACAUCAAAUCGGUUCCCAUUAUUGUCAAGCAUGCGCAUACAAAAAAGCAAUAUGUGCGAUGUGUGGAAAGAAACUGCUUGAUACAAAAAACUACAAACAAAGUUCAACAUAAAUAUGGUAUUUUUAUUAGUAUACAUCUAAAUAUAUAACAGAAAGUGUAUUUAAUAUAACUGAUUAUUUCUUCGAACAUUUUCAUGA